AUGCACGGAUUUGCUGCAGUUCUCGUUUUGCUGGGAGUCUUCUGGACUCAGACUUCUGCACUGCAAAGCUUUGUCCUGCAUGAGCCUGGCAGCUCCUUUGUGGCAGGGACGAUGACCAUCCACAGCGAGAAUCAGAUCGUUGAAGUCCACGUCCGCUCUGGCAUCUACUCCUCUGACACCAUUUUUGACUACUCAAAAGGCUACAUUGCCACCAGGCUGUUCUCACGCAAGGCCUGCUUCAUCCUGAAGAUCAAUGAGAAGUACAUCCCCGAGCUGCAGGAGAUCGGGCGCCUGGCCUUCGAGAGGAAGACAAUGAAGUCCAUCUACUCUCCAAACAACGUGUGGGUAGAGUUCCAGUCUGGUCAUUCCCUCUUUGGGAACCUGAAGAACUGGUUCCGCUACGGGGAGCACAUCAAGCAGCUCUGCUCGGGGCUGCCCCUCUACGAGCUGGCAAAGACUCAGCCACCACUGAACAUUCAUGGCUGUGCCAGUGCAGGGAUUCCAAGCAUUCUGGGCAUUAAAAUCUGUGAGAAAAUCCAAUAG